CCUCACACCAAUGGCGAACUACUUUUGAAAUUCAGAGCAAACAAACAUCUGACGAGUGGAAAUAACGACAGGAGGAGACAGGAGACAGUGACAUGGCUGAGAUGGAGGAAGACGUUGGGGAUUUGCCAGCCAGGGAGGACGACAACGACUCAGACAGGGAUGAAGACGACAGGCUGUUUGCUUGGAUGGUCAACGACGACAUGGAUGAGGAAGAGGAGGAGGAGGAGGAAGAAGAAGAAGAGGAGGAGGUGGAGGAGGUGGUGGACGAGCAGCCCUUAGACAUCGAGGCGUCUGAGUCGUUUGAGCUGGACACACCGGCUGAGCGCAGCGGUCACAUAGCAGUUGUUGACAGGAAUGUCAUGUACGUGUGGGGGGGUUACAAGAAUGCCCAAAACCACGGAUUCUUUGACUUGUAUCUGCCGAGAAGUGAAAUCUGGACAUACAACAUGGAGUCAGGUGUAUGGACAAAGCAUGUAGCCGGAGGGAACCUACACACAUCCAUGUCGGGCAGCUGCGGGGUGUGUGUCGAUGGAGUCCUCUACCUAUUCGGAGGUCAUCAUGCCAGGGGAAACACAAACAGGAUCUACCGCCUGCCCCUGAGAGCUCCCAGCCUUGUGUGGGAGGAAAUGACAGAUCUUAAAGGCUCCCCUCCGUCGUCCAAGGACAAGUUAGGCUGCUGGGUUCAGAAAAACAGGCUCAUAUUCUUUGGGGGCUAUGGCUACGUUGUGCAGGGACCUCAUCGAGGGACGUUUGAAUACGAUGAAUCGUCUUCUCUCGUGUGGGACAGCCCCGGGCGAGGUUGGAACAAUCACAUUCAUAUCUUGGACCUGGAGACAUUGACAUGGAGUCAGCCCAUAACCACGGGGAACGCUCCAUCACCCAGAGCAGCUCAUGCCUGUGCCACAGUUGGUAACAGAGGUUAUGUGUUCGGGGGACGAUUCAAGAACUUCCGACUAAACGACCUGCACUACAUUAAUCUGGACACGUGGGAGUGGCAUGAAAUGAACAUUGCCCAGCAGUGUCCCGUGGGCCGGUCCUGGCACUCCUUCACCCCUGUGUCAUCGGACCACAUCUUCCUAUUCGGAGGCUUCACCACAGAGAGAGAGACACUGAGUGACGCCUGGCUUUACUCUGUGAGCAAGAACGAGUGGAAGCCUUUCAAACACGGCCAUGCACAGAGUCCCAGGCUGUGGCACACGGCUUGCUCUGGUCCUGAUGGGGAGGUGUUUGUGUUUGGAGGUUGUGCCAACAACCUGUUGUCUCAUCACAGAGCUGCUCACAGCAACGAGCUACUGGUUUUCAAUGUUCAACCCAAAUCGCUAGUUGGGUUCUGUAUGGAGGCCAUUCUGCAGCACAGGGAGCGAUUAUCCAGUUACUGGGACUGUCUCCCCAAACCCAUCCUGCACAGCCUCAAACAGAGAAUGGCACGCGUCAACACACUGGGCUCUUAGACCAAGAGGAAGCUUACAAUCGAACCCUGAGCAGUACAAGAGGAAGUGUAUGUAUGUAUGGAAGAGAUGAUUGUUUCUCUCAGAGCAGGUGGUCCUACCUGAACAUUAGUUUAACGUGUGUUUGGACACUUGCGUACAUGAAACUAAAUCCUAAAGCAAUAGUGAGCAGCUGUGGACUUGCACACUAAGGUCGAAGCUUCUUCUGUUUCUUACCCUGUAACUGUCAUGAAGCCAGUAGAACUGUCAGUGGAGGAGCAGAGCUUGUGAGGUUCCGCCCGUCAGUGCAGCAUGAACUGUUCUGUUCUCUUUGGACAUCAACAUUUUCAUCACUUCAACAAAAGGCUAAAUAUUGGCAUAAUAUUCUGUCCAUAUUAUUACAUAAACGUCUCUACUACUGUAGUGGAUGAGUAAAUGUUACAAAGGUAAUUCUAUUGUAGCCAAGCACUACAAUUAACAGGCUUAAACAGAGGUGUUAAAUCUUAAAAAAGUCAUAAGUCAUAAGAUUUCUGGGGGAUGAUGGAGAUACUGAUAUGUGGGAGAGAAAAAAUUCCAAUAUUUGGGCAAAAAUCUUAGAUGACAUUAUCCAAACCGUAUCACAAAGCUAUUUCACCAUAGCUUGUUUGACCAUAAACGUUAUUAUAAAUAACUAUAAAUAAAUACUUGUGCAUUUAGUUAAACUAAAGUUUUCAUAUAACAAACACACACACAUACCGAUGUGUCUAAAAGGCUCCUAUCAGCCUGUAGUAUUGGCCAGCUGAUAAACCAGUGAAGUUUCCUAGUAGUAGAUACCGGUUUAUCUCAUAAUACGGACAGAUGAACCAAUCAUGUAUUAACAAUUUCAGAGAGACCACUGGAAGACAGAGGAAAAUACAUUGUUCUGACGGAGUGAAGAAAAAUAGAGUUUGUGAAGGAGGCAGAACUUCAGCUUUGUUUUAGAAACGUCAUUUUCUCCUGAAGGUCAGUGUGCAUGUUGCGGUUUACCCGAGAAUCUGAUUCUUUAGAAGAUCAACACAACAAAGCCAGUAAGAUUUUACAACAGUGACUUCCAUUGGUCUUUCUCUAACGCCAACUUCAAACGUCUCCAUUGUCUAAACACUACUUUCUGUGGUGCAAAGGCCUAAAACAGUUGCUUUGAGUCAGUUUCUGAAAUGGUUCCUAUAACUAAUGUCUGUCACAGUAUGGAGUUCUUACAGACCUAAAACUACUGCUAUGUGCUACACGAGCUCAUCUAUUCUGGGUGUUAACUAAGUUUGUAUUUGUAUAUACAGUUAUUUAUAUAAUUGUGAGGAAGUGUGUGGUUCUGUGGUCUGAAAAUGGCUUUUAAAAGCCUUUCAAUCAAGUGGCUCCUGUAGUGUUGAAUCUUAUUAAAAUCAAUAACUUAAUAUACUGAAAGUACAGUGGAUGUUUGGCCACGAUGCACUGAAAUGCCUCUUGUGAGUCGGGCUGUGUAUUCGCCCACUUUGCACAAUGUUCCCUUUGUGUGUUUUUUUAAUUGUAGGAUUCAAUGAAGAGUGUUAACUUUGUAUUCAAAGAAAUAAACACAUACAAAAGGUU